UCGAUAGUCGAUACAUAAGUCGCUUGUUGACAAUCCACCAAUGAAGAUAGUUGCCGAAAACGGUACAAAAUACGCGAUUGUCAACGAUUCCAGCAAUAUCGCAGCUUUCUUCUGCAGCUUUCUAGCCAAUAUUGAUAGAGAGGAUGCCAGAGAACGUAAUAAACGGUGAUCAUAUUGAUGUGAAAAGUGCCAACUGUGAACCACCUCAAGAUAAUGAUGAGGAGAAUACCGAAAAUGAUGUCCACUUUGAACCGAUAAUUUCAUUGCCUUUGAUAGAAGUAUCCAAUAAUGAAGAAGAUGAGACAGAGAUGUUAAAACUACGGGCAAAGUUGUAUCGUUAUGAUACGUCGAACAAUCCUGCAGAAUGGAAGGAACGUGGCACGGGAGAAGUCAAACUGCUGAGACACAAAACAAAAAAUACAGUUAGAGUAGUCAUGCGUAGAGACAAAACCCUCAAGAUCUGUGCGAAUCAUUUCAUCACUCCAUGGAUGGAAUUAAAACCAAACUGUGGCAGUGAUAGAGCAUGGGUUUGGAGCGUACUUGCCGAUUAUGCUGAUGAACAACUCAAGCCAGAAUUACUUGCGAUACGUUUUGCAAAUGCUGAAAACGCGUCAAAGUGGAAGGAAGCGUUUGAAAAGGCUAAGAAGAUUGUAGGAUCUGAAUGUGAAAUUUAUGCUGGUAAAGAUAAUUUGGAACAAAAGCGCAUUGACAGUGAUAGUGAUUCCAGCAGCGAUGUAAGUUAUAGUGAAAGUACUGAUAAUGAAGAUCAAACAAAGUUUAAACGGACUGAAGGCUCUGACGCGAUUUCUCAGCAGAAGAAUAUUCAGGAACAGACGGAAGAAAAAGUGAUAACAAAUGAAGAAAAAAUAGUCGAUGAAAUUGCAAAAUUAAAAGUGAAGAACGAAGUUGAGAAGCAAUAAAGUGUGUAUGUGUUGUGUGUGUGUAAAUUUAUAUUAUCAAAAGGCACAUUCUGACAUUUAUGCGGGCAGACAUACAUUACAUGCCAUUGUUUCACUACUGAAUUGAACAUAUAUAAGUGCAUUUUUAGCAAUAAUGUUGUGGAAAAGUGUAUUAAAUUUCCAAGCGAUAAAACUAUAUAAACAUUAUGUGAUUUUUUUUACUGGGAUUAAAUUCACAUGAAAUUGCAUUUGUACUAAAAGAAAUGUAUGUGAGGGAAUGUGUGUGUUGACUCUUUCUGUCGAGAAAUGAAAAAUACAACGACAAUUGUACGAACGAAAA